UAUCCCAACAUUCACUGCCUUCACGUAUGAGGAGUAGGUUCAAUGUAGGUUCAAUAUAACUAGCCGGGUGGCCAGCCGAUAUGGAUAAUUGCGCAGGGACAACCAUCAGAAUAUAUCCCCCAGGUUCAUAUCUCCCAUAACCAGCUGCCCUGCCAAGUAUUGCUGAGUCAAAUUGGCUAGUUCCUGCAAAAUUGCAACCAAACCAGCAAUUUCACAGGCGUAGUAAUAAACAAAUGGCAGACGAUUCGUUCGACUUGGAAGACACAAAGGCACUGGUGAACCUGGGGCGCACAGGAGUGUACCUGUCUGCGAUUGAAGGCGACGUUCGGACGCUCAUGCGCACAUUCCAAAAGCUGCAAGCCUACGACUUUGAAUCGUUCUGCGCGGUGUGGAAGGUGCUAAACUUUUCGCUAAUCCAUUUUGUGGCGACCGAAAAGAACUCUAGGCAGAACUUUAUGCGCACCGUCUACCGCAUCGUGCUCAACCACCUACAGCAAGGAGCACUGCUGGAGAUCCGCAUCGGCGUGGUCUACGCGCUAUAUCUUCUGUACUACUCUCAGCCGGUCAACUUCCCAAACAUCAAAGUGCGCGUAUCGAUGGAGCACUGGGCGGUGCUGACGAGCCUGUACCAGUACUGCCGCGGUAGCGAGAUCCACGAUAUCGUGUAUAUUUUCGACAAACUGCGCGAGGACGCCGCGUUUGAGCUGGUUGCGUGGAUUGACGAGCACGAAGGCAUAUUGAGACUCGAGAGCGACGAGGGCGUGGGUGGCAGGGUGGCGACGCGUUUGGCCCAGAUCGAGCACGAGGUAAUGGGCUCAGCACAGGGCAAUAUUGGCGACCCUGCGGCAGCCAAGCGGCAGCUGAAGCUAGCAGAGGAGUACCGCAAUGUGAAGCGGCGGAUAAUCAACUCCCGGCUCGCUGAGCGUGCUGCACAGGACAUGUACAUCAUGGAUUUCGGGGUUCAGAGAGAGGACAUCCAGGGUAUGCCUGUAGGGGUGCCACUGGAUAUCUCCGGCCAGGAUAUCGGCUGGUGGGCAGAGACCCAGAAGAGAGUCAAGGGGUACCAGCGGAUCAGGGCAGAGCGCGUGGGCGCCCUAGCUGAGGACGACGGCAGCCUGAGGGUGAUGGAGGAGUGUCCCGACGACAUUUCUGGCCUCGAUGGCGCGCCGUCGCGCAGGGCGGUGCUGAGCAAGUCAGACUAUGACACUGAGGCGAGGCACUACAAGCCAGACCACCUCCGGGCCAUUGAGCGGGCCACCAAAGCCCAGCACAAUCCAAACUUUUGACGUUGGCAGCAAAUGGGAGCAGCUGGCGUAUUUAUGCGUUUGUGGGUGGGACCCAAAAGCCUGCGAUUUUUCCCUCGCACUCUUUGCAUGACACGCAGUUUUUGCCCGAUUCAAUUUUAUUGUCCGAAAU